GAUCAUUGGCUGGAAGUUCUGCCGGCUCUCUAUGCUGCAGCAUGACUUGGCUAUAUUCCAGUCGAAAUCCGUUCCGACGACGACUAUAUAAACUGGAGCUAGGCCCUGGAUAAGACAUCAGUUUCUUCGGAGCCAGUUCCCUGUGCAAUAACAGUUUCCAGGUUCAGAGAAAGAAAAGCUCAACUCAGCAGAUCAUCAUCAUGCGCUUCGCUCUGCUCGCUAUCUUCCUCUUUGGCGUCCUCUUCGCCAUCGUGUCCGCCGGCGGCAAUGGCGGUGGAGGUGGUGGCCAAGGAGGCUGGCAAAAGAGCGGAGGAGGAGGUGGAGGCGGUAGCCAAGGAGGCUGGCAGAAGAACGGAGGAGGAGGCGGAGGCGGUGGCCAAGGAGGUUGGCAGAAGAACGGAGGAGGAGGCGGAGGCGGUGGCCAAGGAGGUUGGCAGAAGAACGGAGGAGGAGGCGGAGGCGGUGGCAAGCACGGCGGUGGUGGCGGAGGAGGUGGUGGCAAGCAUGGUGGCGGCGGAGGCGGCGGCAAGCAUGGAGGUGGCGGCUGGUAGAUCCUAGAGAGAGAGAGAUCUCAAAUCCGAACCGAAGAUACUUCCAGCAACUACACCCGACUCCAAGUUUUGAUGCAGCCAAACACUUAUUCCUCUUCCUUACCGACUUUCUGCAACUACCAACUACUCAUUACUUUUCCUGUCCUUUAAUUUCUGAGAAAAACUAGCCUUUCCCAACAUAAUUUCUUAUUUAAAUAAACAAUUUUAACUCUUGCAAAUCAAAAACAUAA